UGCUUGCUCUUGACCCUCACACCCGGUACCACGGACAUACAUUCGUAAUGGCCGUCGAGACUGCGAAGGCUGCUGAGAUUCCCAACGUGCCCCUCGGUCUUGGGGUACCCCCAUUCACCCCUCACGCGAUUUCUGUAUCGCUGCCGAAAUGGCAGGACAACGUUGACUAUGAAGAGGGAAACCCACGCGUCACGGACGCCAUGGUCUCUGGAUACCCCCGGUUCUUUAUACCCUUGCCGGCGCAGAAGCUCGCAGCGUUCUGCGCGCGCAAAUUCGGCACGGAGGGUGAGUCAUGCAUGCUCUUCGCGACGCGGAAGGUUGCGGAUGAGUGCCGCUCGUUCAUGAAGGCGCAAUCGCCCACGCCUGUCGCGCCGCGGAUCGUGCAGUACAAGAUCUCGCCUGAUGAAGAGGUGCACCGACAGCUCCCCCGCGGUACGGUCGCUGCGCAGGAAGUCGAUCUCUACCUUGUGCUUUUCCCGAAGGACUUCUUCCCCUACGCCAAGCAGUUCUGGCAGCACUCUGGCAUGGGCGUCUCGAGUCGACUGGCCGAGCACUGCUUGACGAUCCUAUCACCCGAGGACGUUCAGGUCCCACCCACGUCCCCCACCAACGGCACACGACCCUCCUUCAAGGCCGUGAAUAAGCAUUACGCGGUCAAGAAGCAGCGCCAGCCGUCCAUCGACGAAGUAGACGACAUCAGCCUCGACACAUCCUACUACCUGGAAGAGCGCUAUGGGCGCAACCUGCCGCUCGCUGCCGCCACCGCUGCCAAACGCGCGCUGCGCCGCAGAAUAUCAGGCGUGCUACUACAUGACACCCCGGACGACCGGCGUCCAGAGCCGUCGGCGGGGCAGCAGGACGCCGCCGUGGGCCCUAGCUCCCGCGGGGUGGCAGACUUGUCGGAGGACGAUGUGUUCCUAUACCCCACUGGCAUGGCGGCGAUCUGGGCAGCGCAUCAGACGGCGCUGGCGGCGCUCCCACCUGCCAAAAGUGUGUGCUUUGGCUUCCCCUACACCGACACCUUGAAGAUCCUACAGAAGUGGGGCCCGGGCUGCCACUUCCUCGGGCUGGGCACGGAUGCAGAGCUGGACGAGCUAGAGCAGCUACUGGAGCGGGAAGCCGCGGCCGACCCGUCGAAGCCGCCCGUCCUCGCGCUCUUCACUGAAUUCCCGUCAAACCCGCUUCUUCGUACUGCAGACCUGCCGCGUUUGCGACGUUUGGCGGACAAGUACGACUUCCUGGUUGCCGUGGACGAGACGAUUGGCAACUUUGUCAAUGUCGAUGUGCUGCCGUACGCAGACAUCGUCGUGAGCAGCUUGACGAAGAUCUUUAGCGGGGAUGCGAAUGUCAUGGGUGGCGGGCUGGUCCUCAACCCCCGCGGCCGACACUAUGCCAAGCUCAGAGCACACCUCGACUCCACCUAUGAAGACGUCGUCUUCGAACAAGACGCCCUCUACCUCGAGCGCAACUCCCGCGACUUCCGCCGGCGCAUCAAAGUCAUAGACGCCAAUACCGAAGCCGCCUGCGACUUUUUCCACGCCCGCUCCCUCGCCUCCCCGUCCCCUCCCCCUACCGCCGUGAUUAAGAACGUGUACUACCCCAAGUUCGAGACCCCGCAGCACUACGCGGCAUGCCGGCUCCCCGGCGGCGGCUACGGCGGGCUCUUCACGCUGACGUUCACGAGCAUGGACGCAGCGAGGGCGUUCUACGAUGCGCUCGCGUGCUGCAAGGGUCCGUCGCUGGGAACGAACUUCACGCUGGCGAGCCCGUACGCGAUCCUGGCGCACUAUGCGGAGCUGGAUUGGGCGGCCCAGUAUGGGGUGGAAGCGAGCUUGGUCCGUAUCAGUGUAGGGAUGGAGGAGAGGGAGAAGUUGAUGAGCAACUUUGCGAUCGCGCUGGAGGCGGCGGAGAAGGCUGUUCAGGCCUCUGCUUGAAGGGCUGACGGUUCUUCAGAUGGCGGAGAAGUUGUUGGCUAUGGAGCCUGGUAUACUGUCGCUGUUUUCCAUGGACGGAAGGUUGUGUUUCUCUCCCAUUUGAUCCAACUCAUCUUUUGCAUUUUGUAUCCAACUACAAUGCUUUGCCGUGUAUCCAACUACCACGCUCUGAUCUACUUACGCACUGCACGCUGUAUCCAACUACGCACGUCUUGUAUCAAUAGAACUGAUUGCUCUCUGCGCACCUUCCUC